AUGUCCAGUAUUGCAUCAUCAAACUCCUGGUCAUCUUUCUUGAAAUCAAUUGCUUCAUUUAAUGGUGAUCUUUCGAGUAUUACCGCCCCUCCAUUCAUUUUAUCUCCCACAUCCUUAAGUGAAUAUUCUCAAUACUGGGGAGAACAUCCAGAUUUAUUGUUAGAACCAAAUUUCUUGAAACCUGAAUCAUCAGAUGCUGAAGAUAAAGAUGUCAUCGAAGCCAUGGCUUUGAAAAGAAUGGUAGCUGUUGUUAAAUGGUUCAUAUCAACUUUGAGAUCACAAUAUUGUUCAAGAAAUGAAAGUAUGGGGACAGAAAAGAAAGCUUUGAAUCCUUUCUUAGGAGAAGUUUUCAUUGGUAAAUGGGAUGAUAAAUCUUCAGAUGGGAAAUUGGGAGAAUCUGUUUUAUUAUCCGAACAAGUUUCUCAUCAUCCUCCUGUUACUGGUUACAGUAUUAUCAAUGAGAAGAAUAAUACUUUAUUACAAGGUUACAAUGGUAUCAAAGCUACUAUGUCAGCUACUUCCAUCAAUAUCAAACAAUAUGGCCAUGCUUUAUUAAAUUUUAAAGAUUUAAAUGAAAACUAUUUAAUUACUUUACCUCCAUUACAUAUUGAAGGAUUAAUAACUGCUUCACCUUUUGUAGAACUCGAAGGUAAAUCUUACAUACAAAGUUCAAAUGGUUAUAUUGCGGUAUUCGAUUACAGUGGAAGAGGAUAUUUCUCUGGAAAGAAAAACACUUUCAAGUGUAGAAUCUUUAAGGAUAAAUUAUCUUCCGAAAAAAAGGAAAACGCUAUAAUCACCAUUAGUGGACAAUGGUCAGGAAAAUCAUUCUACAAUAAAGGACCAGAAUCAGCUAGUUCUAAAGCUCAAGAAGCUUUAUUUUAUGAUGCUAGUAGUGCUCAACCACAACAUUUAAUUGUUAAACCUAUUGAAGAACAACAUCCUUUAGAAAGUAGGAAAGCUUGGAUUAAAGUUGCUGAAGCUAUCAAAAAAUCUGAUUAUGAUUUAAUCAAUGUGGAGAAGUCAAAGAUUGAAAACGAACAAAGAGAAUUAAGAAAACAAGAGAAACAGGAUGGUUCCAAAUGGGAAACCAGAUGGUUUAAAGAAUUAGAUUAUGAUGACAAAUCAAACCAGGAUUGCUUCAACAGUUUAGCUGAUUUAUCCCAAUUGUCAACUAAGAAUUGUCCAUCGGGAAGCUUGAAAGCUUCAAAGUAUGAUGUAGGAACUGCCUUACAUUGGAGAUUAGACUUGGAUAAAUGGAAAAAAGAAGAGGAAAUAAAAAUAUAA